UGUCACGAGGACACGGAUCCACAUACCUAAUAAUAUAAUAAUAAACCUCCUAGUUUCUCUGUGUUUCAUAAUUGCCACAAUAGCGUUUCACGCAUAACGGUCCCUGAAGAUGAAAUGAGCGGAUGGCGUUAUCUGGGCGCCCCUUAUAUACUUUCGGGUUGCAUGGUUAUGACGUCAUGGGCUAUUAUUUUUUUAAUCUGUACUGUAAGUUUGUCAUACAGUGAUCCAUAUUUUCACCAGAAUGUCUUAAAAGCCUGUUUUCUUGAUAUAAAAAUUAGGUGCUCAGCCUGGAACUGUGCAGGAAGUGCAGGUAAAUGUGGUGGGGAAUAAGGAGUGUGACUGCAGGUUUCAAGAGGUCCCAUAUUUGGACACAACAAUCACUCCAACAAUGAUCUGUGCUGGAGGAGAAACAGACAAACAAACAUGUUUUGAAGAUUCUGGUGGUCUAUUACAGUGUAAGCAGGAUUCUGUAUGGAUCUUAGCUGGUGUCACUAAUUCUGGGGUUCCUUGCGGCACUGGAACUACACCUGACAUUUAUGCUAGAGUAUCCAAAUUCCAAAACUGGAUCUUGCAGAAUGUUAAUGGAUCAGACAUUGGAUUUGUGACUUUUAAAUCUGAUGGUGAAGAUAAGGACAGCAGCUUUCUGUGCUAUGGAGAAGAGACAGUUUCAGGCCUUUUCUACCCAUUUGGAAAUGGAGACAUAGAGAAUCCCUCUGAAGAUGAUGGAAGCUCUCCAAUAGUAUUCUUGGAAAGGUCCUUUGUAUAUUUUGGACGUGUUUAUCGACAGACUUAUGUUAAUAACAAUGGGCAUUUGAAAUUUGAUGGGCUUCUUUCAGAGCCAGUACCCAAUUAUUUACUGUCACAAGUCAACAGAGACAUCAUUGCUCCACUUUGGACAAACAUGGACAUCACUGUCAAUGGAACCAUCUCCUAUCGUCAGGUCACCAGAGGUGGACUCUUACUAGCAGCCUCAAACCACAUAAACCAGUAUUUUCCCAAUCUGAACUUCACUGCUUCAUGGCUGUUUAUUGCUACUUGGGAUAAAGUACCAUACUUUAACAACUCACAAUCGAGUUCAUCUUUUCAAGUUGUUUUGGUCUCUGGUGGCUCUCUGUCUUUUGUCAUGAUGAACUACGGAAAUAUCUCCUCUACGGAUCAAUGGUUUCAGGCUGGCUAUGGCACAAUAGACUCAACAAAUUAUUCCUCAAUCCCUGUGCCUGAUGAAAAUAAGCUGUCCAACUCCAGCAAUGUCAAUGUCCCGGGACGCUGGGCAUUCCGUGUUGAUGGUGGACCUGAAGAGGUUGCAGAAAUCUUUUACCCAUAUGGAGAUGAGGACACAAAGAACCCUAAAGACCACUAUGGAAGUUCUCCACUGAUCACCCUGGAGCAGCCAUUUGCCUACUUUGGGCUUGUUUAUAAUCAACUAUAUGUGAAUAACAAGGGGUACUUGACUUUUGAAGGACCUUUUCACCAGCAGUAUCCCAAUCAUUUUCCUGCAUACUCGACUAGAGACAUCAUCGCUCCACUGUGGACAGACAUUGACAUUACACGCAAAGGAAUCAUCUCUUACCGUCAAGUAACAGAUGGUCAUCUCUUGAAUCGGGCCUCUAGAGACAUAAACCAAUAUUACCCCAACCUGAACUUCUCUGCCUCGUGGGUUUUCAUUGUAACAUGGGAUAGAGUACCGUACUAUGGAUACAGGUGGACAGAGUCGACCUUUCAAGUGGUUUUGGUGUCUGGCAAAAACAUGUCAUUUAUACUCAUGCAUUAUGGUAAUAUUGCCCAGGCCAUACAUACUGUUACGUCUGGAUACGACACAAGUGAUUCAACUGAUUUCUUUACAAUUCCUGUCUCUGACACCACAAUCCUGCCAUACACAAGCAAUGUCAACGUCAUGGGUCGAUGGGUAUUUCGAACUGACACUACAUCAGAACACAAUGGACUGUUCUAUCCAUUUAGGAAUGGGCACAAACUUCAACAGUAUUAUGGAUUUGAAUUUCCGGUCAAUCUCUAUUUGCAAACACCAUUUUCAUACUUCGGGCUCACAUACAGCUAUGUUUAUGUUUACAAUAAUGGAUUUUUUACUUUUAACCGGCAAUUGUUUCCUUCAAGUCCACAAACUCUUCCAGCUUACACAGAUAUGGACAUUGUUGCUCCACUAUGGACAGAUAUUGACAACAGUGACAUUUACUAUCAACAAUUCAGUGGCGUCCGAGUACUACAGCGAGCUACAAAUGAUAUACGUCAAUAUUUUCCUCAAACGAAUUUCACUGCCGACUCAGUUUUUGUUUGUACUUGGGAUAAUGUGAGAUAUUAUAACACUUCAGCAGAGAAUUCCUCUUUUCAAGUACUGCUGAUCUCAGGAUUUGGUUUGUCAUUUAUUGUAUUUAAUUAUGGCAGUAUUCCACAAACUGAGCAUACUGCAGUGGCUGGAUAUGACACUAUUGAUUCAACCACUUAUUAUACAGUUUCUGUGUCUAACAUCACUAAUCUGACCCACUCCACAAAUGUCAAUGUUAUGGGCCGUUGGGCUUUUCGUGUUGACACUUUGCCAACAAAACUUGGUAAUGCAUUUUUUUUUUCUUUUUUCUCCUGAACUUUAUUAACUUUUAAUCUAUGUACUGUACCAAGGCCAUAACAUGCAAUGACAUGUUUUUUCCAGGUUUGUUUUAUCCAACUGGCUCUUCGGUUUCUCAGAAUCUCUGUCAAAGUAAUGCAACCUCACCAGCUGU